GAGUUAGGUGAUGGAAGGGCGCGCCGUGAUGUCGAAGAGGGGAUGGUGCGGGAAGAAGGUUAAUGUAUGGACGAAUGUUUGCGGGGAGCAAGCGGCGCGGUCAUGAUGAACGGCCAUGAUGGAUUGUGCUUUGUCACGGGUAGUUGGCUGGGUCAUCUUUGGGCAAAUUGUCAUUCAUUCAGGUAUGAUACAAGCAGCUACCGGCGAAUUCUGUGCAGUGUAGGCACGAUCGCACUAGUGCAGUUAACGAUAUCCCUUCUAGCAGACAAUUAUCUACUCUUUUAUGCACACCCACCCACACCCUCCCACCACGCUCCUUCCUUAAGCCCGCAGCCGCGCCGCGCUACUUAACGAAAAAGCUAUCUCAUUCGCGCACACAUCCAGGUAGUGCAAUAGGACGGGCACUGUGGCCCCCGACUGUGGACCGCGCCCAGGGAGCCGGGGACCGCGGUCCAAAAAUAAAGGCAAAACACAGUGGCGCUCGUGGUCCACCUCCGAAGGUGUUACCCUAAGGAAGAACAGAUACUACAUCCGAUCAAAGCCAAGUUGGC